AUGGCGUCGGUGCGGGCGUCCACCCCGGCUGACAGGGCCACCAUGGCCCCCGCAAGGCCGGCCUCGUCUGGGCCAGCGAACCCAUCGCCGUUUUCGUCCACGAACGCCCGGCCGGCGAGGGUGGCCUCGACGAAGUCGGGUUCACACGCCCCGGGGAUCUGCAGCACGGAGGGCGCCACCCUGGCGCUGCCGCGCGCCGCCUCCAAGGUCCCCGCCAGGCUGCCGUAG